UUGGUAAUUGGUCCGGUCCCGCUGUCUAUUUCUAACCUGUAACCAAAGUUAAGUAAAUUUGUGUGUUUAUUCGAUAGAUAUGUUAAAUAAAAUUAAUAGAUCAUUAUGAUAGGAAAGAGUAUAUUGUUUUAAAUUAUGGCAAGAUACUCCAGUGAAUCGGACUCUGAUCAUAGUAGUAGAUAUCGAAGAAGACGAAAUCGAAAGUCAAGAUCCAGUAGCUCGGACAGCAGCGACUCUUCGUCGCAUCGGAGACGUUCGUCUAAGCACUCGAGGGCUAAGCGCAGACAUCGCUCGCAUUCAAGGAGCAGAGGAAGAGACCGGAACUCGAAGAAUCAUAGAGGAUUGAGGAGCAGCCAUUCGAGGGAUCGCGAUAAGAGGCGUUAUCAUUCAAGCGCGGGCAGAUCAUACUCCUCCGAUCGCACGAAGAAGAAAGGCAGGUCUGCUUCGAGAGAAAAGUCGCGCAGCCCUUCCAGCAGUUCACAAUCGAACCAACCGAAAACUAACAUUGAGCGAAACCAAGUUACGAUAGUAAAGGACGAUUUUCCAAUUGAGCCACGCUUCAAGGAUGGCAUACUUGACGAGAUAAAUGCCGAAGGUUUCACUCCUAAACAGUUCAGCAGUUCGGCUUCCACUAAGGAGAGCAAGUUCAAGAAUAUCGUUAUAGAUAUCAGUUCGGACACUAUACAGUUGCCACCAGUGCCUAACGUUCCCAGUGGACCAGAAAGCAUAUUUCACACCUCGAUCAUGGUGGACCAAGAAGCAAGAUUCGAUAAAUGGGUGAAGAAGCUCUACACUCUUAGACAAAAGGCUAUAGCUGAUUUAAUGCACACGAAUGUUACUUGACACGUAACCGUACGUGCCAAUGUGUUUCAGUGAUAAUAUACAUAUAAACUUAUGAUAUUAUUUUAUGUAAAUAUUGCUGUGGACUCUUUAUAUAAAAUCCUAUUUAAAAUUCAACGGCAUGUUUCUAAACAAGCACGUAAUAUUACAACAUAUUGUAAAUUAUAACGAAAGAUACGUAUCUCGAAUAAAUCAUAUAAAAUUUGAUGAACGUUAA